CCAUUUGUAUUCUCUCUGCGUUUUGUUACUUUUGGGCUGUUGCAUGCCGUGAGGUUUUGCGAUUAAUGUAGUAUGAUUGCGUAGUGUUACCGGUGCUGUAGGUGUGACACCGAAAUUGCAGUAGAAAAUGAGUGUAUUACAGCAGCCUAUAGAAAUAUUUGUUACGUAUGUUGAGAUAGACGGCCCGUUUUUGAGACUAUGGGCUCAGUUGGAUCGAACACAAGCAACAGCAGUGGAACGUUUAAUUUUGCAGUUGUCGGAGCAGUUUGAAAGAGGGUUAGGAAUACCUUCUACCGUUCAAGUAGGUCAGCUUUGUUGUGCUAGAUAUAGCGAUGGUGUGUAUUACCGUGCUCGUGUCACAAGACCGCCAGAUAUGCCAGGUGGACAUGUUGCUGUACAUUUCAUAGAUUACGGCAACUCAGAAGUUGUACCCUUUCGUGAUAUCAGAUCCUUGGAAGAGAGUUUGCUAACCCGAUUGGCUUCGGUGAGUGAUAAUGCAACCGAAUUUCUUUUGGCUGGUGUAGUGCCUGUCUCCGGUACAUGGGAUGAGAAUAGUUUGGCGUUUAUUCGCCAGACAUUGUGCUAUGAGGAGUUAAAAGCUGUGGUAGUAGCCCAAGUUGCCAAUAAACGAUUGAUUAGAGUUUUUUAUAAAAAUGAAGACUUCGCCAAAAUUCUGAUAGCAAGUAAAGUUGGCGUAUCAAUAGAAAUUAUUGCACAGCAAAUGUUGAUCCAAGGUUAUUAUAAUUGGAACUCUGUACCACCACAAUUCCCAGGCUUCACUGCACCACCACCUGCAAGGAUGUUGAGUCAAUUACAGGGCCAAGCAGUAACAGUGCCUCGUGUUCCAGCAAUAAGAAUGGAAAGCAACUCUCAACAGGUGCCAGGGAUUACACCUUCAGUUCAAGAAAAAGUACGCAUUUUCACAAGUCCAAUUUUGGAACUGAAUUCAGAACAUAUGGUUUAUGUGUCUUAUGUUGAAGAUGGUCCAUCGUCCUUUGCAAUCCAACUGCAAGCUGCAGAAGGAAUGCUUUCAACUGUUAUGCAUGAAAUUAAUAAUGCUCCUGCAGUUCCCUUGACUCAGCCACUGAUGCCAGGAUCUGUCUGUAUUGGAAGAUUUACAGAAGAUCUGACACUAUGUCGUGCAGUUGUCAUGGCUGUUUUGGAUGACAAAUGCAGGCUAUAUUAUGUGGAUUUUGGCAACUCAGAAAUUCUUCCAUAUUCUGAGGUCUUUGAAUUACCUCAGCAGUUCAUCAAUCCAAAAGUGAUGGCAUUACGUUUUUGCCUAGCUGGUCUCAGAAAUCUGACCAUUACAGAUGAACUGAAGUCAUAUUUCAAAGAACUAGUUACAGAGAAACUGUUGCGUUUACGAGUGGUAGCUCCAGAGGGCCCUCCCAUCAAGCAAUAUGGAGAGUUGUACCUUAAUGGUGCAAAUGUGCUAGACUUACUUGUUAAAAAGAUGAAAGAGAAACAAGUUCCCUGUAGCUUUCCAGUGAUGCCAACACCAUCAGUUGGAACAAGAGAGUCUGUUAAAGUGUCUUAUGUGGUAAGUGCAUCAUCUUUUUAUGUUCAGCUGGAAACUAAUGCAGAAGCGCUCAAGUCAGUGAUGUUAGCAAUUGAAGCUAUUUGCUCUGGUGCAGCACCAUUUCUGGAAGUAGAUGACCUUCGGAUUGGGUUACCCUGCUGUGCUCAGUAUAGUGAAGAUGAAAAAUGGUAUAGAGCAAAAAUACUUUCAUUUUCAUCCAAUUUGGUUGAAGUAAUGUAUGUUGACUAUGGAAACUCAGAUUCAGUCCCACUGUCAUCUCUCAAGCAUAUUGAUCAAAGUCUUGUCAAGAUACUGAACCCACAGGCCAUUCAAUGUUGUUUGCGUGGAUUUCAAGACAAUGUGAAUGAGAAACUGGCAGAUGAGUUUGAAAAUAUGAUUUUAGACAAGACUUUGACCAUGGUGGUGAUGGACACGCUGCCAAAUAAUGUGAUUCUUGUGGAGCUGUAUAGUGGCUCUUUGGGAUCCUGUGUCAGUGUUGCUGCCCAGUUGUUAUCUAACAGUACAGCUCAAGAAACUACCAGAACACAGAACCAGUUGUCCAUGCAUAGUUCUCCAGCUGAAAACAAUGAGUGGCAAGAGGCUUCUACAGAAGCCAGUUCAGAGAUACACCAAGGAUCCCAGAGUGAGAAGAAACAGCAGGUGUGGUGUGGAGGCAGGGAGAGGUCAAAUCAGCAAGAGUCAAGGUCUUUGCCCCAGUGCAGAGAGGCACUUCCCUCUCUAAAGGGAUUGAGUUGGCGUUACUCACAGAGAAAGCCAUGCUCAGGUGAGAAUGAGAGUGAGUGGAAGUCGUGGGAUAAAGGUGGCAGUGGAGGUAGUAAGCCGUGGCAGAAUAAAGACCGUGCCAACUGGAGACAAGAGAAUGGAGUCAGGAGUGCCAGAGGAAAGUGGGCAGGUCAAGGUGAUGAAGAGAGGAGCAAAGGAAAUAAUCGUGGAGAUUUCAAGAAGUCUUGGAAUCGUGAUGAAGAUGAUAAUAAUCGGAAUCGAGGUGGUAGUUGGAAGAUGGAUGAAGGUGGAGGGCAGAAUAGGAAGUGGAAUAAUGGCAAAGAUGGUGGUGUUAGAAGAAACAGAUGGCAGGAUAAUAAUGAUGAUACUCAAAGGAGAAGUGGCCCUGGUGACAGUUCCAGCAAGUGGAGGGGCAAGAGGGCAGAUGAGAACAACUCAGAGUCAAGAGGAGGACAUAAGCCGUGGAGUACUGGUAAUUAUGAGCAGUCUGGAAAGAGAUAUGAUUUCCAAAAGAACAACCAGAAUGAGAAUGUGAAGACAGAGGUGUGGGGUGGCAAUAUGCAAGCAGCAACUCAGAAGUGGGAUGAUAGUGGUGCCCAGUCUACCGUUUCUGGUUCCAUUCCUGAAGCAGCAGUUAAAAUUGGAGAUGUGAAACCAGUGGAGGUGGUGUUCUUGGCAAGCCCAGAGGAAUUUUGUGUUCAGAUGACUUCUGAAAGUUCCAAACUGACUUCUGUGAUGAAAGGUAUUGCUUCAAAAUAUGGUAGUGGUGGUGGCAACCCUGUUCCCAGUGCACGUUUGAGAACUGGCACUGCUUGUGUGGCUCCCUACUCUGAAGAUGGCAUUAUGUACCGAGGCAUUAUAGAAAGUGUGGAUAGUAUCUCGGCAGUUGUCCUGUUUUGUGAUUAUGGUAACAGACAGGAAGUGACUUUAGAUAAGAUAAAGGAUAUUUCCAAUGAAUACCUGAGCCUUCCCAUACAGGGGCUUACAUGCAAGUUGCAAAAUGCUAAGCCUCAGAAUGGUGUUUCAUGGUCAGAGGAUGAAAUAGUUAAAUUCACCACUCUGACAGAAGAAAAGAAACUGCAAGCAUAUUUUGUCAGAAAGUCAAAUGGAGUAUACGAAGUAGUGCUGACAGAUAUUGAAACUGGAAGUGACCUCAAUGAUCAAUUUUGUGCAAUACCUGAACAAGUGCAGGAUGUAGGUUCUAAAGUUGGGGACAGUCAAAACUAUGAACUGGCUUCACCAGAUCAGAGAUACCUUCUUCAAAAAGUGACACCAGAAACUGAACACAUGGUCGCAAUAACAUGGUUUGUUAAUCCAGAACAAUUUUAUUGUCAGAUGGUGUCAUCACAGUUGGCAAUAAAAGAGUUGAUGGAUGCGAUUCAGUCUGCAUAUUAUAGCAAACCUCCAGUUACAGCUCCUGUCGAAGUUGGUUCUCCUGUCAUAGCGAAGUUUUUAACAGAUGGUGUCCUGUAUCGUGCAGAGGUGAAGGAAGUCCUGGACACUUCAUCUCUUAUUGUACAGUUUGUAGACUAUGGUAACUGUGAUAUUGUGAAGCAGAACGAUGUGUGGCAUAUAGAGGCAAGGUUCAUGGACUUGCCAAAACAGGCAUUAUCCUGUUGCUUGAGGGGAGUGGAGGCUCCAGAUUCGCAGUGGUCCAGAGGUGAUAAGGGAGUUGAUAAGUAUUUUGAAGCAGAAAAAUUCUGUUGCACAUUCCAUAACUGUGAACAAAAUAAAUACAGCGUGUCACUGAUGUCAGAAGGGAAGAGCAUUGCUGACCAACUUCUGGAAGAUGGGCUAGCUGUGGCUCAAGCUGUUCAUUCCAAGACUGUGAAGACUGCAGAUACUUGUGAGAUGUUUCUAGACUUCAGCCUAUUACCUGGCCAGAUUAUUGCUGCACAUAUUACAUGUGUUGAAUCAGUUUCCAAGUUUUUUGUCCAUCUUAAUCCUACACUGGCAAACAGAAUUCAGGCCCUUGUUGAUGAAUAUGUUCAGAACCCAGAGAACAUACAGCCUGUUGGAUGUAACAACCUUGCAGUUAAUAGUCUGUGCCUAGCUUCACGAGAUGGUGUUCAGUGGUACCGUGGGGAGAUUGUUGACUUCUCAACGACAGGCACAUUUAUAAAAUUCAUUGACAUAGGAGACUACGAUCAGAUACCUCUGGACAAGGUCCUGGUCAUUCCCCCUGAUCUUACUAAUUACUACGCACAGGCAGUAGAAUGCCAUGUCAUCAGGAGGAUCAGUUUAACAGUUGCUCCAAGUAUGGAUGUCAUAUUGAGUGUGGAUUCGGUUGACAGAGAAAGGCUCUUUGUGACUGUGUUCAGUAUGGAAGGCAGGACACUAGAACUAUUGGAAGACACUGAUCUUUCUGAAGUAGAUCCAGUAUGUCCACUACCUGUGAUGUCUAAAAAAAUGAAGGUGUGGGUAUCACAUGUUGAAGGACCAGAUUGUUUUUGGCUGCAGAGAAUUUGUGAUUCCAAUACUUUAGCUGAACUGCUUGAGAAAAUGUACGUAUUCUACAUGGCUGAAGGGAAGGACAUUGAUCUAGAGGUUUCUGUGGGUAAGCUCUGUGCUGCCAAGUCAGUAAUUGAUGAUCAAUGGUACAGGGGAAAAAUUGUGUCUGUGGAUGUCAGUAAUGGAACUUGCACUGUACUCUUCAUUGACUAUGGGAACUCAGAAACAAUUCCUGCUGCCCAUGUAAAGGAACUGGAUGCUUCUCUGUUCAUUCCAAAUGCACAGGCCAUAUGCGCUGCAUUGGCAGUGAAAUUUGAUGACUAUGAACAGAUCACAUCAGAACUGUUAAAAAUGACAUCAGAGAAAGAACUCACUGCAGUAUUUGGCCUGAAGAAUGAUAACAAAUGGCUAGUUGAUUUAUUUGUAGAAGGGGCAAGUGUCAGCAAAAAACUGGUGGAUUUGGGUCUUGUUAAGGAAUUUGAAGCCCAUCUGUUUCGAUCAAAACUAAAGGUUGGAACUUGCCAUGCUGUCUUUGUGUCACACAUUGACUCGCCAUACAGCUUCUGGGUGCAGAAAGCUGAGGACUCACAAGAAAUAUUGACAUUUCAGAGGGAGUUGCAAAUGGCUGCCAACAUGAUGGAAAACAUGACAUCAGUCCCACCAGUUGGAACAAUGUGCAUUUGUAUGUUUGCUGAAGCCUGGUACAGGGCUGUUGUACUUGAAAGCGACUUGUUAGUAACAGUGCGUUUCAUUGAUUAUGGAAAUGUUGACGAUAUUGAUAUUGCUUCUGAACACCUGAAGGCUCUUCCAGAGAAACUACAAGACAUUCCAGCAUAUGCAGCGGAAUGCACCCUGCUUGGGAAUAAUGAAGGGUAUAAGUUUCAUGUUGGGGCUGCUGAGAAGAUGGAAGUUCUAGUGGGAAGCACUGAGAAGCCAGCAACCAUUCAUAUAAUUAGUGAUGAGGGGAUAAAGUAUGUGGAACUUAUAUCAGCUGAUGGAAAAAAUGUCUUGAUGGAUCUUGUUAAUGAAGGACUGUCCACAAAAACCGAACUUGUAAAAGAAAAUUGUGUUACUGAUACACAGGCCACUGAUAUUUCUGCUGUAGGUGUACAGAUUACAGAUGAAAUUACUACUGGAGAAACACAAGUCACAGAAGAAGUUUCUGUUUAUGUAGAUACAAAAGCUAGAUCAGACACAUCUACUGUAUUUGUCAGUUACAUUAACUCCCCAUCAGAAUUUUGGAUUCAGUACAAAUAUGAUACAAGUAAGAUAGAGGAGACAGAAAACAGACUACUUGAAAUUGAAAGUUUUCCAGUAUUGGAUGAAAUUGUUGAAGGUGCAUUGUGUGCAGCAGAAUUUACAGAUGGACAGUGGUACAGAGCCAAAGUAAUACAGGUCACGAAUGAAAUUGAAGUAUUUUUCUUGGAUUAUGGAAACCAUUCAGUUGCAGCAGAAUUAAGGAGUUUGCCUGAGGAUUUGUUAAGAGUUCCUCAAUUGGCAAAACGUUGUUCAUUGCGUUUGCCUCAUGGCGUGACAGAAUGGUCCACAGCAGCGAAAGAAAUGUUUAUUAAAAGGGCUGGAGGUGGCUGUACACAGUUCCAAGUUGACAUUUUGGAAGAAGGGAAUUGUGCUGUUGUGAGUUUACUACAAGGGGGACAGAAAAUAGAAGAUGAGUUAUUGAAUUUGUGUCUGACUGUGGACAAAGUUUCUACCACAUGUGUGAACCCUCCUAAAUUAUAUGCACGUAUCAGUCAUGCAGUUUCACCAUCUGAAUUUUGGAUUCAGUUUGAGAAUUCAUUGUCCCGUUUAGACGAAAUCAGCAGUAAACUUGCUGAAUCAGAGGGAUUUCCCACUCUCAGUGACACUGAAGAAGGUGUCUUGUGUGUCGCCCAGUUCCCUGAUGAUGGCAGAUGGUAUCGAGCAUCCAUCAUAUCCCAUGCUGAUGACUGUUUUGUGGUCAUGUAUGUAGACUUUGGAAAUACAGCCACCUCCACAGAACUUCGAGAACUUCCUGAUGAACUUAAAGAUAUCCCUCCACUGGCAAAGAAAUGCUCUCUGUCUUUUUCUACUGAUGUACUGCAAUUUACAGAAACUGUAAGUGGUCUUUUUAUGGAUAUUGUAGGUGAGGAAGGUGAAGUUUUUGAAAUUGAGAUUAUCAGAGAUGGAGAUCCAGCUCUUGUAAGUAUGUGGCACAAUGGACAGAAGGUGGAGGAUGAACUUCUGAAGAUUGGUAAAACAGAGGAGAAGAAUAUAUCAGCAGUUGAAAGUGAAACAUUUGUGGAAACAUGGCCACAUGGGACAGGGGAAGACAGUGUUUAUAAUGAAGGGAAAGUAAUGGAUAGAGAGAUCGAAGAUUCAAAUGAAAAUAAAAAUGUAAAACAGGAAGAGGUAAAAGAUGGAUGCAACACUGAUCAUUCUGAAGGUUUUAAUGAACUGGAUAUGUCAGAAAAAUAUGGUGACGGAACUGAGAAAAUAACACAAGAUGAAAUUGGGCAAGUUGAAAUAGAAGAAAAGGAGGAACAUGUUGCCAAAAAUGUUGCAAAUUUUGGUGAACAGGAUGAAGAAAAUAUUUUGGAUCAGAAUGUGAGUGAAGAUAUUGUGUGUAAUGUACAGAACAUACCACUUGAUAUAAAAGAAGAUCACAUUGAAGAUACUGCUUGUAGUGAUUUCACAUCAGAAAAAGCUGGAGAAAAUAAAGAGACAAUGUUAACAGAGAACACCAAAACAAAUUGUAUUGAAGAGUGCACAAAGGAUGUUGCAUUACAUUCUACUAUAUGUGUGAAUCCACCUAAAUUAUAUGCAUGUAUCAGUCAUGUGGUCUCACCAUCUGAAUUUUGGAUUCAGUUUGAGAAUUCAUUGUCCCGUUUAGACGAAAUCAGCAGUAAACUUGCUGAAUCAGAGGGAUUUCCCACUCUCAGUGACACUGAAGAAGGUGUCUUGUGUGUCGCCCAGUUCCCUGAUGAUGGCAGAUGGUAUCGAGCAUCCAUCAUAUCCCAUGCUGAUGACUGUUUUGUGGUCAUGUAUGUAGACUUUGGAAAUACAGCCACCUCCACAGAACUUCGAGAACUUCCUGAUGAACUUAAAGAUAUCCCUCCACUGGCAAAGAAAUGCUCUCUGUCUUUUUCUACUGAUGUACUGCAAUUUACAGAAACUGUAAGUGGUCUUUUUAUGGAUAUUGUAGGUGAGGAAGGUGAAGUUUUUGAAAUUGAGAUUAUCAGAGAUGGAGAUCCAGCUCUUGUAAGUAUGUGGCACAAUGGACAGAAGGUGGAGGAUGAACUUCUGAAGAUUGGUAAAACAGAGGAGAAGAAUAUAUCAGCAGUUGAAAGUGAAACAUUUGUGGAAACAUGGCCACAUGGGACAGGGGAAGACAGUGUUUAUAAUGAAGGGAAAGUAAUGGAUAGAGAGAUCGAAGAGUCAAAUGAAAAUAAAAAUGUAAAACAGGAAAAGGUAAAAGAGGGAUGCAACACUGAUCAUUCUGAAGGUUUUAAUGAACUGGAUAUGUCAGAAAAAUAUGGUGACGGAACUGAGAAAAUAACACAAGAUGAAAUUGGGCAAGUUGAAAUAGAAGAAAAGGAGGAACAUGUUGCCAAAAAUGUUGCAAAUUUUGGUGAACAGGAUGAAGAAAAUAUUUUGGAUCAGAAUGUGAGUGAAGAUAUUGUGUGUAAUGUACAGAACAUACCACUUGAUAUAAAAGAAUAUCACAUUGAAGAUACUGCUUGUAGUGAUUUCACAUCAGAAAAAGCUGGAGAAAAUAAGGAGACAGUGUCAACAGAGAACACCAAAACAAACUGUAUUGAAGAGUGCACAAAAGGUGUUGCAUCAGAUUCUGCUACAUGUGUGAAUCCACCUAAAUUAUAUGCAUGUAUCAGUCAUGUGGUCUCACCAUCUGAAUUUUGGAUUCAGUUUGAGAAUUCAUUGUCCCAUUUAGACGAAAUCAGCAAUAAACUUGCUGAAUCAGAGGGAUUUCCCACUCUCAGUGACACUGAAGAAAGUGUCUUGUGUGUCGCCCAGUUCCAUGAUGAUGGCCGGUGGUAUCGAGCAUCCAUCAUAUCCCAUGCCGAUGACUGUUUUAUGGUCAUGUAUGUAGACUUUGGAAAUACAGCCACCUCCACAGAACUUCGAGAACUUCCUGAUGAACUUAAAGAUAUCCCUCCACUGGCAAAGAAAUGCUCUCUGUCUUUUUCUACUGAUGUACUGCAAUUUACAGAAACUGUAAGUGGUCUUUUUAUGGAUAUUGUAGGUGAGGAAGGUGAAGUUUUUGAAAUUGAGAUUAUCAGAGAUGGAGAUCCAGCUCUUGUAAGUAUGUGGCACAAUGGACAGAAGGUGGAGGAUGAACUUCUGAAGGUUGGUAAAACAGAUGAGAAGAAGAAAAUAUCAGCAGUUGAAAGUGAAACUUUUGUGGAAACAUGGCCACAUGGGACAGGGGAAGACAGUGUUUAUAAUGAAGGGAAAGUAAUGGAUAGAGAGAUCGAAGAGUCAAAUGAAAAUAAAAAUGUAAAACAGGAAAAGGUAAAAGAGGGAUGCAACACUGAUCAUUCUGAAGGUUUUAAUGAACUGGAUAUGUCAGAAAAAUAUGGUGACGGAACUGAGAAAAUAACACAAGAUGAAAUUGGGCAAGUUGAAAUAGAAGAAAAGGAGGAACAUGUUGCCAAAAAUGUUGCAAAUUUUGGUGAACAGGAUGAAGAAAAUAUUUUGGAUCAGAAUGUGAGUGAAGAUAUUGUGUGUAAUGUACAGAACAUACCACUUGAUAUAAAAGAUCAGAUUGAGGAUAAAGCUGGUAGUGAUUUCACAUCACAAGAAACUGAAGAUUGUAAAGCGUCUGUGUCAAGAGAGAAUAUUAAAAUAAGCUCUGUCAAAGAAAGUGCAGAACAUGUAUCAGACUCUCUUAAUAUUUGUACAGGUAUAAAGACCGAUGAUGAAAGUGGAGAAAGUCAAGUAACUACAAAGAAUUCCCAUGCAAAGCCUCUGUCAUUGCAUCUUCAGAGAACUCAUCACACAGAAGAACUUGUUAAGGAAAUAAAUAUAGAAAUGAAAACUCCCAGUGAAGCAUUAAGUACAACAUUUGCGACUCAGUGCUCUGAAAGAAUUGUGCCACCCACUGUCAGCAUAGAAAUAUCUAAAGAAGAAUUGCUUGAUGCAGUGCUGAACAGGUCUGCUUCUCUUGAAUUAAUGCAUGAAAAAGAAAUUGUGCCAGGUUACAUUUUGCAAAGUAGGCUCAUUGAUACUGAAAAAGAUGGAACAAAAAGUGCACCAUCAACACCAUUGGUCUCAAGUUCUGAGAAAUUCUUACAAAGAGUGUCAUUGAGUGAUGAAUUUUGGCAAAGGACCCCAUCCAACCCAAAAUUAACUCAUAAUGAUAGGAUUGUUCCUGGAAGUAUUUCCAGAAGGGAACCCCAUGAAGAAAUUCGUCCAUUUACACCGAAGUUGCCUCAUGCUGAGAAAAUUGUGCCCGGUAGCAUUUCAAGAGGUAUUUCUGAUGAGGAAUUGGGAUCUAUGCAGCUGCAAGCAGCAGUUGUGGAGGCACAUGAGCAUAAUGAGGAUGAAGCAGCUGAAACACCUAUUGCUGAAGAAGCUGAUGCUGAAUCUGUUUCUGCAUUGUAACUAUGAGAAGCGCAGCACUAGUUUGUAGAGAAGAUUCUACUGAUGAAAAUGCAGCUUGAACAGUGGCAGAGUAUUUAUAUGUAUUUUGUUACAGGGUUGAGAUAUUGAUGUUCAAGCUGUGAAGGUGCUGUUAGGGAGGGUGAAAGCCAGAAUUAUUUUUAGACAAUCCAUGGCAUGUUUUUGUUUAAUUUCCAUAUCUGAUUAUAUAGAUUGGAAAUCUGUCCCAAGAGAUUUGGUUUGUUGAAGAUAUCAAGACCUACGGGUACAAAAUAGAGGGCACUGAUUGAACCAUGUCAGCAAUAGUAUAUUCAGGAUUUACUUAAGAGAAGGGAGUGUGUUUUGAGGAAUCAGUGAGAUAAAACAGUGUUUCAAAAGAAAAAUCAUUAAUUUGUUACAGUCUUUGGCAUUUUGGGGUGUUGAACCAUGUGAAUUCAUCAUAUACAUAUGUAUAUAUGGACGUAAGUUAGUAUUUAAGUUACCAGCAAAGCUAAAAUUGUAUGUUGAUUGUUAGAGUUUUUCUCACCCCUCCCGUCCCCUCUGGGGGUGGGGAGCCUUCAGAGUCUGUUGGUUUUUACAUCACGGCAUGAAUUAUAUCAACAGAAAUGUGUCAGACUACUUCUGGCUGCUGAGAUACCAUAUUUUAGAGUUCCUAAAAUUAAUUGUUAGACUGCUUACUAUUUGAAUGGUAUAUGCAUUUUGUAAUAAUAAUGUCACGUGUUGGGUAUAUAUAACAUGACAAAUAACUUUACGCCUUAUUUGAUAUAGCGAAUU